AUGAAGCUCACCGCGAGUUCAAGCGUCUUCUUGACACUCUUUGCGCAUGCAAUUGCUGCCCCCGCGCAUCCGAAGCAGAAACAAAGUUCUUUUAAAUGGCAUUCCACAGAAUCUCUGAUAGCCUUUGGGGAUAGCUAUACAUACGUGCAGGGUACCCUCGGCCAUCAAAACUACACCUUCAUUGGCGAUGAAUUCAACUUCUCUUUUACGCCCGCACAGCUCUUCUCGAAUCGCAUCGUGCAGAACCUUACGGGAACGGCAGAAGGCGGCCCUAAUUGGGUAGAGCUUUUGACUGGAUGUGGUGUCGAUGAUGGUUUGCACAAUCCAAGAGAGUGCAAUAUGCAGCUCUGGGACUUUGCAUACGCUGGCGCGAACACUAUCGAGGAAGCUGGAUUCACACCCCUUCAUCACAACCAUACUGUCUCACUCGAACGUCAGAUCGAACAGUUUGCCUCCUACGGCAAUCCAGCUCUCGAAUCAAUUCACCUCAACAAGAAGAAAGCGCUCGUAGCGAUAUGGAUCGGCAUCAACGAUAUCAAUGACCUCGUAUCCACCCAAGGCAAGAACACCUCCUUUGCACCACCCUACGAGAAGAUUCAGGACCGAGUUUUUGAGAACGUGGAGAAGAUCUAUGAGCUUGGCUACAAGGACUUCCUCUUCAUGAACUUACCGCCUCUGGAUCGUGGACCAGGCACGCCCAAUGUCAACGCCUCGCUGGUCUCUUCUUUCAACAAGAUCCACGCUGCACAUGCCAACGCCUUUCAGUCCAAACACAAAGACGUGAAGGUGCUUCAGUUUGACGUCAAUAGUGUAUUGAAUUACGUUUUGGAUCAUUACCAAGACUAUGGGUUCAAAAAUGUCACCGACUACUGCCCUGGAUAUAAUCAGCCAGAUAUCCUAACAAAGCCAAGCCAGGCACCUGACGAGCCGAACGCAUGA